AUUGCCGCUGGUGGCAGGAAGCUGCGAGGAGCCGGCGCGGUCGCAGUCUCCACGGCGCAGGCCCACGGUAGCGCAGCCGCUCUGAGGCAGGAGAUGCCAACAGAGUCUCAAGUGUCCACCUGAUCCAAGAAGCUCACUCCUCACCAGCAUCCCUCUCCAACCCAUUGUCCAGUCCAAUCCAUGUCUGAAGAGUUGGCUUCGGGAAUGGUUCCUGUCCUGGACCAACAGAAGUUCUGGGGGCCAUGACCACGGGGAUCCUUCCAGUCUCAGACCAUUAAGUCUGGUCAUAUGAGAAUCUGGGGUCUGCAUCCCACUGCUCUCCUGCUGUGGCCCAUAACUUUUAUGAGAUCCUCAAAGGGAUCUUGACAAGAGAAAAGUCUUCAGUAAUGCUAAUGAUUAAGUCAAGUGUUAGUCCUAUCAGUUGGCUGAGAUCAGUUACCCUAACUGACCUGGAUAGAUCCAGGGGAAGAGAUUUUGAAGUAGCGCUGGAGGCACAGUGGUUAAACGCUCAGCUGCAGACCAAAAGAUCGGCAGUUUGAACCCACCAGGUGCUCCAUGGGAGAAAGAUGUGAUAGUCCGCUUCCAUAAAGAUUACUAAACCAAAAAUCUGUGGCCAUUGAGUCAAUUUUGACUCAUAGCAACUCUAUAGGACAGAGUAGAACUGCCCCAUAGGGUUUCCAAGGAGCAGCUGGUGGAUUCAAACUAUCGACCUUUUGGUUAGCAACUGAGCUCUUAACCACUGAGCCACCGGGGUUCCAGCCUUGGAAACUCUGUGGGGCAGUUCUACUCUGUCCUAUAGGAUAGCCCUGAGUUGGAAUUGACUUGAUGGCAAUGGGAUGAUGUCUCAGGUCAGAUGAGAAACUUUGGAAAGGUAUGAGACACCACUGGGAGAUGGGAGUAGGAUCAUCAAAAGGAAGGGGGGAGAGUGCCAGAGCAAAGCUUAAUCGCUGCAGAAUUUUGCCAAGUCUUUUGGAUUCCUUGGCUUUUUAUACUCCAGGGUUCACUCUAGUAUAUGAUUAUAUAUUCAUACACUAUAGGUUUAGUAGACUUUGUGGGGGGAUCAAAUUAAUACUGUUUUCAAGGGAAAAUGUAUUUUGAAAGAAAGCAAAAUGAUCCAUAGAUUGCGUUCAGAAUUCAUUUUUAAGUUGUGAGUUGCAUAUACCAGGGGAGGAUCAUCCAGUAGGCAAAGUGCUUGCCUUGCUUACCAGACCAUCUGUAGUGAACAAUUUCCCUACAGAUUAGUGAGUAAGCACAAGUGAACUCAUGCUUACCUUGUUUACUGACUAAUCCCAGUUUGUCAGGGAUUGUAAAUUUGAGAAGAGGCUUUGAUUCUGUAUGAAGGUGCUGUGAGGUUGGGAGAGAGACAGAUUAUCAGCCACACCUAGAAACAGAAUCUUCGAUGUGGCAAAAAAAAAGGUAACCAGCAAGGUAAGCACUGUGUUUACCUUGCCUAUUGGUUAAUCCACCCCUGGCAAAUACUGUGGGAAAUUUCUGAAAUGCACAAGUGUUUCAGUUUAGUAAUAUGGGGCAAGACAUUUAUUCUUUCCUUGCUUACUUUUUCAGACUGUGAAAUUAAAAUACCACGGACCUGUUUUACAGGAUUGUUCUGAAAGGUCACAAUUAUGGAAUACUUUGAGAUAUAAGAUGAUUUAAUGCUAACGAAUUGCUGUUACCCACAUUUCUAAAUCAUGAAUCAAAUUUAGAAAUUCAAACAAUUAAAAAAAAUUCCAUACUAGAACUUAAUUGAUUCCCAAAGUAUAUUUCGUUCUGAAAUUUUAGAUAAUUGGUGUUUUCUCUUUCUUCCUCUAAUCUUUGUUGUUGUUCUUAGGUGCUGUUGAGUUGGUCCUGACUCAUAGUGACCCUGUGUACAACAGAAUGAAACAUUGCCUGGCCCUGUGCCAUCCCCACAAUCCUUGCUAUGUUUGAGCCCAUUGUUGCAGCCACUGUGUCAGUCCAUCUCGUUGAGGUUCUUCUUUUUCGCUGACCCUCUACUUUACCAAGCAAUGAUGUCCUUCUCUGCAAGGACUGGUCCCUCCUGAUGGCAUGUCCAAAGUAUGUAAGAUGAAGUCUCACCAUCCUCCCUUCUAAGGAGCGUUCUGGCUGUACUGACAGAUUUGUCCUGGCACUCUGUAGUAUAUUCAGUAUUUUUCACCAACACCAUAAUUCAAAAGCAUCCAUUUUUCUUUGGUCUCCAUUACUCAUUGUCCAGUUUUCACAUGGAUAAGAGGUGAUUGAAAAUACCAUGGCUUGAGUCAGGCGCACCUUAGUCUUCAAAGUGACAUCUUUGCUUUUUAACACUUUCAAGAGGUCCUUCGCAGCAGAUUUGCCCAGUGUAGUGUGUUGUCUAAUUUCUUGACUGCUGCUUCCGUGGCUGUUGAUUGUGGAUCCAAGUAAAAGGAAAUCCUUGACAACUUCAGUAUUCCUCUUAAUCUUUAGAUCUUUGAAACUAGAGUAGGAGAUAGAAACUAGAUUCUGGGCAUUUAUCUCCAAACUUUUGAUUGUUACCCUUCAAGUAAAAUUUUGAGCACACACUAUGAAUAUAUGUACAUUUAUUAUAAAUGAUGUUCCUAUGCAACUGUACUAAUAUAGUUAUGUAUAUUUUUAAAACACAUAAGAAAUUUUAAAAGACUGAGAUAAAGAUGAAACAGUAUUUUUAAAUGUCUUGCUAACUGAGUUAAAGGUGAGGUUCAGAAACUUGUACAAGACUAGCUUGUUUUCCAUGAAUGUGUUUGCUUAUAAUUCAUCAUGUUUUUCUAUAAUUAAUGCCAGUUGGCACUGUUUUAUCAGAUACCCUGUAAAAGUAUUGGUAAUAUUAGAUUGGAAUAAAUGUCUCGGGCAAUCUUAAACGUAGAAAAUGUGUUAUGUAACUUGUAGUUUUGUCUUUGUGGAUUAUCUGUACGUUUAUCAGUUCUGCAAAGGUCCCUAAAUAGAGAUAACCAAAACCAAACCAAACCCAGUGCCGUUGAGUCGAUUCUGACUCUUAUCGACCCAGGAAACCCUGGUGGCCUAGUGGUUAAGUGCUAUGGCUGCUAACCAAAGGGUCAGCAGUUCGAGUCCGCCAGGCGCUCCUUGGAAACUCUAUGGGGCAGUUCUACUCUGUCCUACAGGGUCGCUAUGAGUCGAAAUCGACUCGACGGCAAUGGGUUGGGGUUUUUGGCCUUUCAUUAAGCAAUUGUGAAGUAAAAUUCUUGGUAAUAGAUCUGCUAUAUAAAAAUAACCCACAAAUCAAAGAACCAACCAAGGUUUGGUUUUUCUAAAUACUGAGCAUUGCUAAUGUAAAUAAGAACACCAGCAUAGAACUAGUCGACCCCAAACUGACCUCAGCUACUAAGUCUUAAGAAAAAAAUCAUUCUGUUAUCAACAAUUAAAAGACUGAGUGGUAAAAGUUGUCUUUCUUCCUUAAUUUUUGACUCUAUGUUAAGUUUUUCUACAUUGGAAAUGUAUUAUUUUCAUAAUAAAAAAUUUUAGAAAGAAAUAGAAGAAAAAUCAGUGGCUGUCUUUGAUUAAUAAGCUUAUAUGUGGUAGUCAUUUUCUUUUUUGUAUCUUUCAUUAUUUUUCAAAAUAUCUUUAAUGAAAUGCAUUAUCUUUUAUAAUCAGAAAAAAUAAAGGUAAGUACAGAAAAUAGGAGGCAGUGGUGGUUUAGUGGUAGAAUUAUUGCCUUCCGUGCUGGAAACCCAUGUUUGAUUCCCGGCCAGUCUGAUUCUCUGUCAGUGGAGGUUUUGCAUGUUGCUAUGAUGCUUAUUUUAUGAUGCUGAACAGGUUUCAGUGCAGCGUCUAGACUAAGACUGGGAAGAGAGGCCUGGAGUUCUUCCAAAAAUCAGCUAAUGAAAACCCCAUGGGUCACAACAGUCUGAGAUCAUGGGAAUGGUGCAGGACCAGGCAGUGUUUCAUUCUGUUGUGCAUGGGGUCGACAUAAGUUGGGGCCAUUCAACAGCAGCUAAUAACAAUAACGGAUAAUAUAAUUAUGGUCCUCAUAAUGACUCGAAAGCCCUCAUGGUGUAGUGGGUAAUAGCUAUGGCUACUAACCAAAAGGUUGGGAGUUUAAAUCUACCAGGUGCUCCUUGGAAAUUCUAUGGGACAAUUCUCCUCUGUCCUGUAGGGACGCUAUGAGUCAGAAUCAACUUUACGGCAAUAAGUUUUAUAAUAAUGACUCACUGUCAGAUUUUGGGCAUGCAAGUCAUUUAUCUUCAUGGGGCCUUUUUCCUCAUUUGAAAGAUGAGGAGGACAGAAAUGAUUUAAAGUUUCGUCUAAAGAAUUCUUCCUAAAAUUAAUUGUGAGCCUUUGUUAUGACUUGUUAAACAAUAAAUAUAUUUUCUUCUUAACCUAAAAAAAGUGUAAUCUGUGUUUAUUGUAGAAAAGGAAGAAGAAUAAAAUUAUAAGCAUAGUUUGACCAAAGAUAAUAUUUUUAAAUACAUGGUUUUAGAUAUUUUCCUAAGCAUACAUGUAUGCACGUAUACACAUAUACAGUGGGUAAAUAUUGUACAUACUGUUUUGAGCCAGAAAUGUCUGAAGGAGAUUUGAUAUUACCAGUUUUAUUUUUGCGUUCAGACAUUUUAAUGGGACAGUUACCAAUCUAUUUAUUAUAAUAAAAUAGGAAGGAGAAAAAUAAGGUAUUUAGAAUUUUCGCUCCAAAUACGUAUUUGUCCGGGAAAUGCCUACUGUCUCUUUCAUGUCCUGUGGUUUUGCUGAGGUAAGGGUAACUUGGAAUAAGGGCAUAGGGACUUGCUAUGAAAGCUUACUUAGAGAAGAAUGAAACCUAAAUCCUGGGUUAACCGCAGUUUCAUUAACACAUUAACUUGCCUUCUCUCAACUCUGCCCUCCUACUUCCUGAGCUAAGAUUCCUAUCUGCAGGGUAUUUUCUGAGGUGGAUAAUCUUGUCCCAAUAUAUCGUUGGUCUUUUAUUUAACCCUGGGACCUUCUUGAGUUGUUAUGUUCCCAAUGAGAGCAGCUUAGGCAUUGAUAACAGCAGUAGUAUAAUAUAUGUUAAUAUGGUUUUUAGCAUUAUUUCUGGGGAGUUCAAAGGAUUUUAUAAGUAUAAAAUAUAAAUCUAAUUCCGACUCUCAGUGAAGUAUAUGAAAUAUAUAAUUCUAAUUUUAUGUAAAGAGUAACUGGGUCUUUCUUAAAGUUAACUUCCUUAAGAUUUUGUACAGUGGAAUACUCUUUGGGGCAAGGAAUGUAACCCAGUUUCCCUGGCUACUCACUGAAUUCUGUCUUUAACCUGUUUUGCAGGUAGCUGGUUUGCUUUUGCUUUUUGAAAAAAAUAUAAAAUGGAAAGCAAAUGUACCUAAAUAGUUCCUCAGUUAAUGCAAUUAGUAUCUGAAAUAGUCAUUUUGCACCUGAGUAUCUUAUAAAGCCCAUCAAGGUGUGUAUGACAAUUAGUAUCUUUUCUAGGAGAAAAACCUGAUCAGUUACGUGUGACAAUUAAGAUACAUCAGGAUCUUUCAGGCAUAGCAGGAGGUAAAUAAUCCGGGACCAAAAGUGGAUCUUCAUGGAGGAACACGCAGUGACCCAGACUGAACACAUGGCUACCAUAGAAGCCCAUGCAGUGGCCCAACAAGUACAGCAGGUCCAUGUGGCCACCUACACUGAACACAGUAUGCUGAGUGCUGAUGAGGACUCGCCUUCUUCUCCCGAGGACACCUCUUAUGAUGAUUCAGACAUACUCAACUCCACAGCAGCUGAUGAGGUAACAGCCCAUCUGGCUGCUGCAGGUCCUGUGGGAAUGGCAGCUGCUGCUGCUGUGGCAACAGGAAAGAAAAGGAAACGACCUCACGUGUUCGAGUCUAAUCCGUCUAUCCGGAAGAGACAGCAAACACGCUUGCUUCGGAAACUUCGAGCCACAUUAGAUGAAUAUACGACUCGAGUGGGGCAGCAAGCUAUUGUCCUCUGCAUCUCACCGUCCAAACCAAACCCUGUCUUUAAAGUGUUUGGUGCAGCACCUUUGGAGAAUGUGGUGCGUAAGUACAAGAGCAUGAUCCUGGAAGACCUGGAGUCGGCCCUGGCAGAACACGCCCCCGCGCCACAGGAGGUUAACUCAGAGCUGCCACCUCUCACCAUCGACGGAAUUCCAGUCUCUGUGGACAAAAUGACCCAGGCCCAGCUUCGGGCAUUUAUCCCAGAGAUGCUCAAGUACUCCACAGGGCGGGGAAAGCCAGGCUGGGGGAAAGAAAGCUGCAAGCCCAUCUGGUGGCCUGAAGAUAUCCCAUGGGCAAAUGUCCGGAGCGACGUCCGCACAGAAGAGCAAAAACAGAGGGUUUCAUGGACUCAGGCACUACGGACCAUAGUUAAAAACUGUUAUAAGCAGCAUGGACGGGAGGACCUUUUGUAUGCUUUCGAAGAUCAGCAAACACAAACACAGGCCACAACCACACAUAGUAUAGCCCAUCUUGUACCAUCACAGACUGUCGUCCAGACCUUUAGUAACCCUGAUGGCACUGUCUCACUUAUCCAGGUUGGUACAGGGGCAACAGUAGCCACAUUGGCUGAUGCUUCAGAAUUGCCAACCACAGUCACCGUUGCCCAAGUGAACUACUCUGCUGUGACUGAUGGUGAGGUGGAACAAAACUGGGCCACGUUACAGGGAGGUGAGAUGACCAUUCAAACGACGCAAGCGUCAGAGGCCACUCAGGCCGUGGCAUCAUUGGCAGAGGCUGCAGUGGCAGCUUCUCAGGAGAUGCAGCAGGGAGCUACGGUCACCAUGGCACUCAACAGUGAAGCUGCUGCCCAUGCCGUCGCCACCCUGGCUGAAGCCACCUUACAAGGAGGGGGACAGAUCGUCCUGUCUGGGGAAACCGCAGCAGCCGUCGGAGCACUUACUGGAGUCCAAGAUGCUAAUGGACUGGUCCAGAUUCCUGUGAGCAUGUACCAGACUGUGGUGACCAGCCUCGCCCAGGGCAACGGGCCUGUGCAGGUGGCCAUGGCCCCUGUGACCACCAGAAUAUCGGACAGCACGGUCACCGUGGAUGGCCAGGCCGUGGAGGUGGUAACGUUGGAACAGUGACAUGCAGCCACAUCACGGCAUCGUUUUCUAGUCUACUUCAGAAUUUUUUACACGUUUGCAGAGGUGCAAUCAAAUGGAAUUAAGUCUCUCGACUUUGGAAGAAAAGUUUUGUUAACCUUUUUUUAAAAAGGAAGAAAGACAGCGGAUUUUGGAAUUGCAUUUUUUUAAGCACCACUCUUUAAUUUUCUGGGAUCGGUGGAGUGAGAUCCUGCAUUCUCAGUUUCACUGUCUCAAAAAGCCAAAUUGUGGCAGGACUUCUUUCUGCGGAAACGUGUGUGCAUACUUAUGUGUGUGUAUGUGUGCGUGUGAAUAUAUGUAUAUGUGUACAUAUGGACAUACACAUUUACAUAUAUAUAUAUAAAUAGAUAUAUAUAUAUAUGAGACCCGCAUGAGAUUAUCUGUAUGAAAUGAAGGUGAGCUGUGGGAAGAAUUCACCCAGUUUAGUGGGUGGUAGGUACGUGGCCAGACACAGCCACCUGGUUCUUGUUCAUACCAGGGUCAUGCGAUGAGCUACUGACAACCUCAGGCGGGGGUGACCAUGCCCUUCACCAAAGCUGCCUCCCAGUGGCCGCCCAGAGCUCUCCUGCUGGGCUAACCUAGGACUGAGGUUCCAGAAUGGGACGGGGUCCAGAAAAUGCACGUGCAGGGGCCAGGGGCCGCGUGGUCUGGCAGCCCAGACGCUCCUCAGGCUGGCCCAGGUGCUGACCUUGUCCUUGAAGUCACCAGGCAGGGACAAGAGGGUUUUCCUCAGCCUCCCGUCCCUUCCCGUUCCCAGGAAACCUUCUUUGUCUCGUGACUAUUAAAAUGUUGCUCUGGUUUUGAGGUCAGUCCUGAAUUGGUUGUGUAUAUGAACUGAAGGUGACAGAAGUAUUAAGGGUUUGAGUAGUGUGUGAGUGUGUGUUUGUGGGUGCGUGUGGGGGUGAGAGAGUCGGUGGGGGCUGGAAGGGGGGAGAGAAAAAUCUUCGUAGACCAGGAUACACCGGCGGAGCAGUUUUGUCCUUUCCUGUAACUUUCUGUAGCAGAACAGAGGCAGCUUUGGGAGCUACAGAUAACCCUGGCACGCAUCAGGCGGCGUCACGAUGGUGGUGUGUUGGAAGCGACCAGGACUGAGGGUGUCCCUGCACCCCCUGGGUCAGGCCCUGCUUCAGAAGGGACUGCGGAUGCAUUUCUGGGUGCAUCCUGGGGGGCCCUGGCCCUGCCAGCUUUCCUCCUUACAGGUGUUGAUUAGUCCAGGAGUGCUUUUUAAAUUAAAUUCUGCGAUUUCUCAGCUGCAAGCCCUGAGUCUCCAGUGGCUGGCUUCACCAGACUUCUCGACAGGCCAAAUCUCUGCUCCUCGAGUCCAGGGGGCCCUCCUCCUUCCCCUCCUGGGUCCCCUGAGUGUGUGAUAGUGUAUUUAAUGUGUUUUUUUUAAUGCAACAUUAAAAGAUUCUUUAUGUCUUGCUCAGCCUUUGAGAAAGUUUCAGAUUCUUGUAUUUGCUUGUUUUAUAUAAAACUAUCCAACGUUCUUUGUAUGUUUUUUUUUUUUUUCCUGUAUGUAAGGGGGGGGAGAUUUACAUAUAAACAGUCCUAGGUCUAUAAUUUGUUAUUUUUUUUAAUUAUUUUUUAUCAUUUUGAAGCUGCCCAAGGGCUUUAAAGUCUGCAUUCCUUUCUGGUGAAGUAGCCUCCUACUAAUUUGAGAAGUUGCCAAGAAGAAGAAGAGAAAAGCAAAACCCCAGUAGCAGAGCAUGAAUUAUGUUGUUCUCCAUUCUGUCUAUGACUGCGUCACUCAAUAAAUAGUUUAAAAUGUGGCAACAGGAAGUGGGACCGUUCCUGUCUCUAGGAGCCCUUGGCCUCUUAGGCAAAAGGAGCUAUCUCUUCAGGUGGCUUUUCUUGAUUGUACUCAAGAUGAGUGGUUUUUGAACUGUGUUCCCGGAGCUCCGUGAGGACGGAUCUGAGGUCAGGCUUCCUGCCCCCACGCCCACGCUCACCCCCACCCCCAGAGUAGCUGCGAGCUGGUUUUGCACACAGGUAGUCCCCAACUCACGGUGCAGUUCCUGGGGUUCCAUUCUGACCACUCCAUCCUAAGUUGGUUCUGACGUUAUGUCAAAUACCUCUUUAUUUUUAGAUUUCAUUAUUCUUGCCUUUUAUUAUCAGUAUCUUUAUAAAUCUGGCAGUGUUUUGAACAGUAAAUCAUAAAAUUGAACAUCUGCGAAUAUACGUCUGAGAAUGAUGACAUCAGCAAUUGACGCGCCGCAACAAAUGACUAACGAUAAGAUGUACACAAACAAAACAAGACGAAAACCCCCAGUGGGGCAGUUCUCUGUCCUGCAGGAUGGCUGUGAGUCAGAAUCCACCCACAGCAGUGGCUGUGGGUGGAAGAUUUCUUCUCUUAGAGAACUAUUGAGUGAAUUUCUUCACAGUAUGUGUUCCCUGGCCAGCAGAUAGAUCCAGCUUUUGUUGUUUAAAGGAAAAAAAAAAAAAUUGUUGAAUUGGCAAAUACUUUAUUACGUAUACUUUUACCACAAUAAAAAAAGUCUUUAAAAAAAAAAA